AUGACUGCCUCAAAUCUCUCGCCGCCGCUGAGUGUGAAUGAGGAUCUGCAGCACGACGAUCUUGUCCAACGUCUGAAGUCCAUGCCCACCGCGAGCGCCCAUACAGGCCCGAUACCACUCAAGAGCCCGAAGAAGGCACCGGCUGCUACAAAGCCCGCUGCAGAAGACGCAUCCUGCUCACGCUCAAGCCCGCCCUCUGCCGCCAUGGGAGAAAGCAACACGCUCGCCCGCCAGCUCAGCAACACGUCCGACGACAGCAUGACCUCGCGCCGGCCCUCUACACCGCGCUCCCAGACAGACCCCCAGCCUGACACGCUCACGUCUCUGGCAGCUCUCACCACCCGGCCACGGAACCGCUCGCCCUACUCGCGCUCUCACCUCCGCUCCCAGAGCGGGUCUGCGUUGCCGAAUGCGCCGCCUAUGACACGGGCCCAUUCGCUGCCUACAGUCAUGCAACCCUCUGGCAAUCUGAUGCUCUCGCCUGCCCCGAUGCCGCUCGCCCGCCCGGCUUCUCCUCUGCGCUCCCCCAAGCGGACCCGCAGCCCACGGGCACUGGAGCCACGGCCGCACUCAGUAGGAACCAUGGAGCGGUACGGCUCGGGCAUUCGUCCAGCCUCCAUCGGCUCUUUUGAGGGCGUACCGAGUGUGUGCGACAUAUCAGAGGACGCCGAACUGGAACUCACGCCGCGCGUUGGCACCACCGUGUCGAGCCUCCACAGCAGCACAGGCUCGCUCUCCCGGCGACGCCGACCAGCUUCACCGCUAUACCAGGUUACCGUACCCUUUGGCGCACCACCCACGAGCACCCCCUCUGUCAGCACGCCCACCUCCACUGCCUCCUCACCGCUCCUCGCACCUUCCAGGUUCAACGAGAACUACCCCAUGUCCCAUGCCUCUUCGUCCGUGCCAUCCACCCCGACCUCGAUGCGCUCCCGCAGCCCUUCCAUCUCGUCUCUCGAGACCAUCGAAGACAGCCCAGACGCAGAAGAAGAAGCCAUAGAGGCUGAUCGCAUACGGCGGCUCAAGGCUGCCGCGGACCGUGAGGACGGCGGAGAUGGCAGGAGGUCCAGCCUUGACGUGCCCGAAAGCCGUGGGCGCAGUCUCGGCUUCGGCAAGCGCGACUCACGGAAGAGAUGGAGUGUCUGCGGAGCUGAACGACGCGUCGACCUGGACCUCGACACCAUAUGGGAGGACUGA